UGCUUUUGGCUUUGACACAGUAUCAGAUGGUCUGGUCUGGGACUAACAUUGUAUGGUAAGGACUCCUGAUCCUCCUGCCUCCACCUCCCAGCCCCUCCAGGAAGCAAGUUAGGAGAUUCCUUUCCCUCUGUGGUAUCACUACCUCUUGAAGGCAGGGUGGAACAGGCUAGUGGGGACAGGACUAGAGGUUGCUCUCCUAUGCAAGGUCACCACCAGAGUAGACAAGCUUGGGAAAAUCAGCAGAUACUGGCACACUGAAUGGGAAUUCCUAUAUGUAUGUGACUCCUGGAUGAUGGACAAGAAGCUUGAGGCAGGUGUGCUGGAGGAAGAGACAGCUGAAUGGCCUUCAAAGGUCUGCACUAGGUGUGGCCUUUCUAGCCUCAAGCUGGAGGGAAAGCUCUGCUAUCAAGGAAGGCAACACAGGACCAGGACCUUCCCAUGGACCCUUCUUGGGACAUCCCAACAGUACCAGCAGGGGUGCUCCCAUAAGCCACAGGGGGCUUGGGCAUACUAUUCUUCAGGAAGUGCCAUGGUGGUCAGGAAGGAAAGAGAUAGCUCCCAGCAGUGGCCUGGCCUGGGAAGACAGGGCAGUUGUACAGGUCCCCUUGGCAUGUUGGGCACUGCCCUGCUGUUCAUCAGCCUGCCAUGGGGAACCCAAGCAAUGGCCAGUGCCAACCUCAGCACUGCUCUGGGCCACACUGAACCACUGACAGGUGGCCACUACUUGAGCAUUGGGGAUGGCUCAGUGACAGAGUUUGAGUUCCCUGAAAAGAGUGAGGGUAUCAUCGUGAUCUCAAGCCAGUACUCAGGACAGGCUAAUGGGACAGGGCGCAGCCCCACACUGAAGGUCACAUCCCUGGACACAGAGGUACUGACCAUCAAGAAUGUGAGUGCCAUAACCUGGGGUAGUGAGGGCGGAUUUGUGGUGAGCAUCCACUCAGGCCUGGCUGGGCUAGCCCCACUCCACAUCCAGCUCAUGGACUUUCAUGAGGUCCCACCCAUGCUGAUUGAAGAACAGAACGAUUUCUGCAUUAAGGUGUCACCUGCUGAAGACAUCGCGGCCACCCUCAACCCCAACUUGGCCCACUUCUCGGAGAAUCCAAUACUCUACCUGCUCCUGCCACUUAUCUUUGUCAACAAGUGUUCAUUUGGGUGCAAAGUGGAACUUGAUGUUCUGAAGGGACUCCUACAGAGCCCCCAGCCCAUGCUUCUGGGCCUUUUGGGCCAGUUUCUGGUCAUGCCCCUCUAUGCUUUCCUGAUGGCCAAAGUCUUCAUGCUGCCCAAGGCCCUGGCUCUGGGCCUCAUCAUUACCUGUUCGUCACCUGGUGGUGGGGGGAGCUACCUCUUCAGCCUCCUUCUUGGAGGAGAUGUCACCCUGGCCAUCUCUAUGACUUUCAUCUCAACAGUAGCUGCCACUGGUUUCCUUCCACUCUCUUCAGCCAUCUACAGCCACCUGCUCAGCAUCCAUGAAACACUCCAUGUGCCCAUCUCCAAGAUCCUAGGGACCUUGCUGUUCAUCGCCAUCCCCAUAGCAGCAGGUGUGGUGAUCAAAUCCAAGCUCCCCAAGUUCUCUGAGCUGCUAUUGCAGGUCAUCAAGCCCUUCAGCUUUGUGCUUCUCCUAGGUGGCUUGUUUCUGGCCUACCGUAUGGGGGUCUUCAUCCUAGUGGGGGUCAAGCUACCCAUUAUACUGGUGGGCUUCACAGUGCCCCUGGUUGGCCUCUUGGUUGGCUACUGCCUGGCCAUGUGCCUGAAGCUGCCAGUGGCCCAGCGGCGAACAGUCAGCAUUGAGGUAGGGGUGCAAAACAGUCUGCUAGCCUUAGCCAUGCUACAGCUGUCUCUGCGCCGCCUCCAGGCAGACUAUGCCUCCCAGGCCCCCUUCAUUGUGGCACUGAGUGGUACCUCAGAGAUGCUGGCUUUGGUCAUUGGCCAGUUCAUCUACAGCAGCCUGUUCCCUGUUCCAUGAGGCACCCAGACCAAGUUUCAUGACCCCAAUCCCUAUACUCCAUCCACCGUUCCCACAGUUCUUGUGUGUACCAAAGGCCUUUAGUUCUCAUGCACUAUGCACUCAGACAAAUCUAGGCUUAUUUUUUUUACUUUUUUUAAUUCUCCAGCUUUCAGUGCCAAAGAGGCCAUGCUGAGUUAGAUAAGUGGGUUCUACCCAGAAAAUAUAUUUCAAUAAAAGAUAAUAGCAAG